AUGGGCAGCAUUGACUGUUUCAGAACACAGACUUCAUGGGUCACGCUGUUCCUGAUAUACUCGGGCUGUUUCUGCCUCCUGACUGAAGCCCAGAUGAAGAUUCCACCAGAAACUGUUCAAAAGUGGGCCAACAGCAUUUCAGAACAGCUAAACGCAGUUGCUUUGAAAUAUUCGGGAGCUGCUCUUCUACAAAAGAAACUCAAAGAUGUGGAGCCCAUUAUCCAGAUAAAAGAGGUAGAUGGAGCUGAAUUGGUCCAGGAAUUUUCUGAGGAAAUUGAGAUGAUGUUGGGAAGCAAGAUGAAAUCUGUUAAGAGACUGGCAGAUACAGUGGAGGAUGCAGAUUUAUAUCAUGAGUUUAACUCCAGUUUAGAGUUUGAUUAUUUUAACUCGCUGUUAAUAAACACGAUGGACGAGGAGAGUAACUACAUUGAACUUGGUGGCGAGUUUCCACUGGAAGAAAAUGAGCAUUUUAACAAUCUGCCCGUCAACACUUUAAUGAGUGACAUCCAAGUGCCAACUAAUGUGUACAACCAAGAUCCAGAUAUUCUUAAUGGCGUUUACAUGUCUGAGGCCCUAAAUGACGUCUUCAGUAAUAACUUCCAGAGGGAUCCAACUCUCACCUGGCAAUUCUUUGGCAGCUCCACUGGUUUCUUUAGACUCUAUCCAGGCAUCAAAUGGACUCCAGAUCCAAAUGGAGUGGUUUCCUUUGACUGUCGGAACAGAAACUGGUACAUUCAGGCCGCUACAUCUCCAAAAGACAUCAUCAUUGUAGUGGAUGUUAGUGGCAGUAUGAAAGGGCUUAAGCUGACUAUCGCUAAACACACCAUCAACACCAUCCUGGACACUCUGGGAGAAAAUGACUUUGUCAACAUUAUUGCUUAUACUGAUUAUGUUAGCUAUGUGGAGCCCUGCUUUAAAGGUACACUAGUGCAGGCAGAUCUGGACAACCGAGAGCAUUUCAAACUGCUUGUGGACGAGCUGCAGGUUAAGGGUGAGGGAAAAGUCAAGAAAGCCAUGAAAGAGUCUUUCCGGGUGCUAAAUGAGGCCACAGUAAAUGGGCAGGGCAGCUUGUGCAAUCAAGCCAUCAUGCUCAUCACAGAUGGAGCCAUGGAAGAUUUCCAGUCUGUAUUCGAGGAGUUCAACUGGCCUGAGAAGAAGGUGCGGGUUUUUACCUAUCUCAUCGGCCGUGAUAUGACCUUUUCUGAAAAUGUGAAGUGGAUUGCCUGUAACAAUAAGGGGUACUACACUCACAUCAACACACUGGCUGAUGUACAGGAAAAUGUGAUGGAGUAUCUUCAUGUUCUAAGUCGGCCCAUGGUCAUCGACCAUGACCAUGACAUCAUAUGGACAGAGGCCUACAUGGACAGUGUGUUGUUUAACAGCAUGGCUCAGAGUUUGUUGCUGAUGACUACGGUGGCAAUGCCUGUGUUCAGCAAGAAGAAAGAGACACUUUCACAUGGUAUUCUGCUAGGAGUGGUGGGCACAGAUGUUCCUUUACUUGAGGUCAUGAUGAUGGCACCUCGAUACAAGCUGGGAGCUCAUGGCUAUGCCUUCCUUAUCACAAACAAUGGCUACAUCCUGGCACACCCUGAUUUAAGACCUCUGUAUAAAGAUGGAAAGAAGCUAAAACCCAAACCAAACUACAACAGUGUGGAUUUGACUGAAGCAGAAUGGGAGGACACUGAGGAUAUAUUAAGAACAUCAAUGGUGAAAGGACAAACUGGGACUCUAACUUUAGAUGUCCGGGCAGCCGUGGAUAAAGGGAAAAGGCCCUUAUUCCUCAAAAAUAAUUAUUUCUACACAACCAUUAAUGACACACCAUUUAGUUUCGGGAUGGUGCUGACUCAAGGUUAUGGACAGUACCGUUUUGUGGGAAAUGUUUCUAUUGAAGAAGGUCUUCAUGACCUCCAGCAGCCAGAUCUCACCAUAGCUAAUGAGUGGACCUACUGUGAGACAGAUAUCGACCCCCAUCAUCGUAAACUCACUCAGCUGCAGGCUGUUAUCCGAUACCUGACUGGAAAAGAGCCCGAACUGGAGUGUGACGAGGUUCUGCUGCAGCAGGUUCUAUUCGAUGCGGUUGUAACAGCUCCUCUGGAGGCUUACUGGACGACACUGAUGCUGACUGAACCCGGGGUGGAGGAUGGGAUGGACACUGCAUUUUUGGGGACCCGUUCAGGCUUAAUGCGGGUCACCAGAUACGCUGGCUCUGAGAAACGAAAGGGAAAAAACUUCUUGACUUCAGCUGACAAGGUGAAUCUUUUUACUCUGGACCACCACCCUCUCUGGUACCGCCUGGCAGUCGAGAGCAAACCAGGACAGUUUUAUUACUAUGUACCUGCCGAUGACGUCAACAAGGGCAGGAACAUGGUGGUAGCUGUCACAUCUGUAAUUGUCACUGACAAAAAGAGAACUGCACUGGCUGGAGUCAUUGGAGUUCAAAUGUCAUUGGAUCUACUGGAGAAAAAAUUCUUUGCCACAGCAAAACAGUUGAAUGACACAGAUUGCAGUAGUGUGGAAGGACUGUGUCCUCUUAGCUGUGAAAGCACUGAUAUUAAUUGUUACCUGGUGGACAACAAUGGCUUCGUAGUGAUCUCUAAAGAGAAAGGGGAUGUUGGAAAAUUCUUUGGGGAGGUUGAUGGUUCAGUAAUGGCCCAUCUUCUCAAAUCAGGCUUGUUUAAAAGGGUGACUCUGUAUGACUACCAGGCCAUGUGCAAGAACAGCCACCAUCACUCCAGUGGAGCUCGACCCCUGCUUAGUCCUUUCUUUGGCCUGAUGGCAGCAGUCAAGUGGCUUUUCUCAAACCUUAUGCUGUUUUUGUUGGAGUUCAACAUUUGUGGACUGUGGCAUAACGACUAUUUUGUAGACGCCAAGUCUGGAUACCAUACCUCACACAAACAGAAGAAGGUGGAUUCCCUGGUGCCCUGUAACACAGAAUACCCUGGAUUCACCUAUGAUACCACCAUCAGGGAGACCAACAGCAUCAUUAAAUGUGGUCGCUGUCAAAAGAUGUUUGUGCUACAGCAGGUUGUGAACAGUAACCUGGUGAUGCUGGUGGUGCAGGCAGACUGUGACUGCUCACGUCAGUACUCCCCCAUCACCCUCACCCCAAAAGAGGUCAAAUAUAACGCCACGGUGAAGUGUAACAGGAUGAAAUCACAGAAGAUCCGCAGACGCCCUGAGUCCUGUCAUGCCUACCAUCCUCAUGAAAAUGCAAAGGACUGUGGUGGAGCUUGUGAGAUUUCCAUAUCGGUGGCUCUCUUCUUUAUUUCUCUGGUAAUAUCACUGGCACUUUGCUGACGAAGAAGUACAUCCCUCUGCUACAUGCACUACAGACACUGACUGCUAACUACCAAAAAAAACUUUGGUUAACGGUGCACCUCCAUGGAUCAGCAGCCAUCGAUAUUUACAGUUAGAGACUGUGGGUGUCUGUUCAAGCAAAACAGGCUACUUCAUGAUGUUACCAAAAAGCCAUGAACUAUUAUGAACUAUGCUGUCUGUGGAAUGAGCUACAGAUGCACAUGCCAGCAGAGAGAAUUGUGCAAAACAGGUUGAAAAUAAUUCUUUAAUAAUAGAAACUGUAUUAAAUAAUAAAAUGUUUAUAGUUCUAGUAAUUCAACAGUGAUAGCCAUUUAUUACUGUUCAUUUCUACCAUCUUUCUACUAUCUUUCUCAAUAGAGUUGUGAAAUAACUUUAGUUUGGGAAUAGGACACAGCCAAAACUCUCCCCAAUUCCAGCUGACUGUUACACCUAAUGUAACUGUUUACUCUGAGUUGACUGUUUUAUUGAAGUGGUAGGAAACCAAAAUACACUGAAGAGUGCCUGAACUCUGCUGGAAUAUGCCCUAAACGGGGUGUCAAACCAUAACAGAGCAGCACCCAUUCACUUGUUCACUCAUUUAUGUCGACCCUGAUCAUGAAUAAAUGUGGCAGUAGGAGCACACACCAUGAACAUGGUGGUGAGUUUAUCAAAGUUAAUCUACCCAGUGUCAUGUAUUUGGUAGGUAUGCAUUUUUGGGUGUUGGGAGUAGGGGUUAAAUGUCUGUUGGAAACUUUCCGAAUACAUCCACAAAGUUGAAUCAGUUCAUCUGGACACAAGUUUGUUGUAGAGAUACGUUUCAUCACUCAUCCAAGUGACUUCUUUAGUCUGAGCUGGUGGUGAAUAACCCCAACCUUAUAUGCAGUUAAUUUGCAUAACGACUGAUCAUCGCCCGUUGCAAAACAAUGUAACCAGUGAUCAGGUCCAUAUACAAAUCACAAUGACCAUUAAUUACAAUGGCCCCAAUCAUAUGUGCUAUACCCCAAUCAUAUGUGAAAGGCACGCAUGGCCAUUGUAACAAACUUGUGUCCAGAUGAACUGAUUCAACUUUGUGGAUUUAUGUACCUGGAUUAUUGGGCAUGCAUCAAGAGGUUUCCGAAUACAGUAACUUGAGGAUCGAACCAGGGUCUUUGGAGCUGUGUGGCACUAACACUAACUGAUGUGCCAUCCAAAAAAGUAUUAUGUUGUAUAUAGGAAUUUUUAUAAUUGAAAUGUUUUUUUUUUUUUUCAAAACAGUGGCUAUCUACUUCUUAUCAGAAAUGAUCAAAACUCCAUGAAUGUCUUUCAAAAUGAAACAGAGCACUCAAAACCAUGUUCUCUCUUCUCAAAAAUGAAUCCUUCCACCAAAACAAUAUGCACAGCUAUCAUUUGCUCAUCUUUUAUUGAACAUUAAAUAAACACUUGAUGAAUUUACUACACUACCAUCAAAAAUGUUCAUCUAUGUUCUGGCUUCAUGAGGCCAUGUUACAUAUUGAGAUGCAUACAAGUGUGUGGAAAUAAAUGUCCCUUUUUCUCAUUUUGUUUAAGUGUAGAGUUUAUGGUUCCAGAAUAGCAUUACAAUACUAUUAAAAUUUACAUUUGCAGCAUUUAGCAGACGCUGGUAUCCAAAUUGACUUACAAUUAUGACUAAAUACAAUUUGAGGCAUUGAGGGUUAAGGGCCUUGCUCAAGGGCCCAACACCGGCAACUUGGUGGCGGUGGGCCAGUAAUUCCUGGUCCAGUACCUUAACCCCUGAGCUACCACUGUCUGACAAAAUUCUGAUGUUUUAUUGAAUGAGCCACCCAAGCUACAUUAUGUACUACAUUACGUACGACUGGGACAGUGGUAACCUAGUGAGUAGGGCUUUGGGCUAUCAACUAAAAGGUUAAGAGUUCGAAUCCCAGCUCUGCCAUGCAGCCACUGUUGGGACCUUGAGCAAGGCCCUUAACCCUCUCUGCUCCAUGGGCGCCGUACAAUGGCUGAGCCUGUGCUCUGACCCCAGCUUCCAAAACAAGCUGGGAUAUACGAAGAAAGAAUUUCGUUGUACUGUACACCAGUAUAUGUAUAUAUGACAAAUAAAGGCGUUCUAUUCUA